AUGCUGUUCAAGCAGGAAGCGAUGACCAAAGACGUCUUUCUGGGGAACAUCCAUUCCAAACUGCGACGACGUCACUAUCAAGAUGGUGUUUUCCAAAGCCACCGCCUGGAUGAAAUUGGCCUCGAUCUCACAAGCUCAGACUCGUGGCCCUAUCGCAUGCGCUGUGCGAAUGCAUCACCCAAGUUGUGUGUAUAUGCCCACUCUGGUGCAGCACAAGCGACGUGGGACGCCAAGACGGACACGCUAGUUCCUAUCCUCAAGGACGAGUGGUAG